UUUUUUUUUUUCUUUCCAUUUUGCAAUUGUUUUUCUGUUUGUCUUGUUCUCCUUACUUUUGGCAAUCUACGAUACCCCUGUGACAUUCCAUCCGUCCAAAUGUCCGCGGCAAGCAGUCCCGUGGAGCAGAGGCUCCCUCAUCGGUCGUCGACCAUGAGAAGUUCCAUCGCCCCUGACCGCCGCGCUUCGAUGAGUGAUGACGAGGCUAUUCCGGGCUCCGAUAGCAAUGAGACUACGAACCUCCUCCUCGAGCGUCUCCGGGCCUGGAAGCACAUGUGUGGCUACCUCGAAGACUACGUCGCGGUAACAGCUAAGACUCAGAAGUCCCAGUCGAAGGAGUAUGAGAAGGUUUUGAAGACCGUGAGCGAUCCGCUGAGAGAAGGACAUCACUUCUCGCAGGGCGCGGGCGGCGUGGCGUCUUGGUUUGAGAAUAUUCGGUCUAAUACUCAGGGAAUGGUGAACAUGUACCUUGAAUCCGAGAAAAACAUUCGGGGAUCCAUCUCCCCGACCUUGGAACGUCUUCACAAGGAGAUCAAAAACAAGUCCAAGGAGCUGCAGACGGGCACCUCCAAGAGCGCAAAGGCCGUCGACAAGGCGAGAGGCAUCACCCAGAAGCACAUUGAGCUUCUUGGCCAGCAAAGUGCGACCUUCGAUGCGGCCGCCCAGAACAAGGUCGACCAGCACCAUGACCCCUAUCUUCUACGCAGAGGCAUCAACCACCGCCUCAACAAGCAGGUCAUUGAGGAGAACAACAACCGCCAGGACAUCAUCGCGGUGCAGAACAACUUCCAGCAAUUUGAGGCCCACGUCGUGCAGACCAUCCAGACCUCCAUGGAGCAAUUCGUCGUGUUCAUGAACAACCAAUUGGAGCGCCAGCGCACCAUGUAUUCCGACAUUCUGGGUUCCUCCCAACGGAUCCCUCCGGACUUCGAAUGGGUCAACUUCAUCACCAGCAACCACCAAACCCUCGUCGACCCCGAUGCUCCGCCCCGGUCGCUGAGCAACAUCACCUUCCCCAACCAGGACCACCACUCGACCAAGCCCUUGAUCGAAGGAUCCCUGGAGCGCAAGUCCCGCGCCGUUAUCAAGGGCUUCAACACCGGCUACUACGUUGUGACUGUGGCCCGCUACCUCCACGAAUUCAAAGACAACGAUGACUUCCGUCGCGACCCCACCCCCGAACUGUCCCUGUACCUGCCGGACUGCGUCCUCGGCGCCAUCGACGGCGUCAAGUUCAGCGUCAAGGGCAAGGAUGUCUCCAGCGGCAAGGUCGGCAACGCCUUCCACACCAACACCGAGCUGAACUUCAAGGCCCCGACCCCCAGCGACGCCGAAAAGUGGUACAACAUCAUCAAGGACGCCACUAAGGGCCCGGCCGCCAUCCAGACCAGCGCCGCCGCCUCGCCCACCGCCGCCUCGCAACCGGCCAGUCCGGCUGUCGGUGCCGGCGCCGGCACCGCGGAGAAUCACCCUCCCGCUUACUCCGAAAAGCACAGCGAGGCAUCAUCGCCGCAGGCCACUUCACCCCAGGCAUCCCAGUCGGGUCCUUCUUCCACUCCUCCCAUGACGCGCGCCGACACCGGCAGCUCAGCCCAGACCCAGGGCGUUAUUUCCACCGCUGGCUCUGCCGCCCCUGCGGGCGACAAGGCGUGAUGCGAUAUCGCAUCGCGCAAAUAAUUAUAUCCGUCUCAUCCAAGCUAGUCAUUGGAGGGAUUUUCUAUUUUCUUUUAUUACAUAUGAUCUGUUCUCUCUUCCCUUAUGGUUGAUAUGAAUCGUCUUGAUUUUUCAGUGUUUGAUUCUUUAUCUGCGCUUGCCUGAAUAGCAAAGAUAUCAUGAGAUACCUAACUUAACCUGACCUGACCUAACUUAACUUAUCUUAUUCCACUACUCGAUAGACUUGCCGUUGCUUUCUUACUUAGCGUCCUAAUUGGAUCAUGCUUUAUUUGUUUAAUGUCUUCGACUACGCUAGAUGUAGUUUGAUACC